AUGGUAUGGCUUUUUGUCCUGCAUUAUUUGCGGGUAGGACCUGUUCGCCUAUUAUUUAUUGCUAUCUAUUCCCCAUAUUUUACAACUAUCUAUGAAUUGCAAGUAAGAUAUUUGCUCUAUAAGGCGAAGAAAGAUCAUUCUUUGAAUGUUUCUGGACCAUCAUCUAUCGCAAAUGCUGCAGCAAACAAUUUUCUUCCUUCAGUGUUUCUUUCUGUCAAUAAACGACCACUUUCACCAGAAAGUCCAUCCGGAUCACCUAGUGUCAAGAAACAGAAGGCGGACCUGCCUGCUUUAGGCUCUCCCAAGAAAUUAGUGAAUGACCCUAGCAAAGAGCUUACACCGCAGUUCUAUUUUCAAAAUGGCUGUCCACCCCCCAAUGAAUUGAUAGAGGAGUGCUUGUCUAGAAUUAAUCAACUAUUUCCUGUUGACAUGAAUGGACUUCAAAGCAACAGUGAGAAUUACGACAUAUUCUUGUUUGGCACAGUUGCACCGGACAUAAACACCGAGGUUCUCAUUGCUAUUUGUUAUGUUCUCUUCAUACAUCUGAAACUUACAACGGUUGCAGUUCUUACAGAGUACGUCUCAAUUUCAAGACAGAUAUGUAUUGAUGGAGAAAAGAAUGGUACAUCUGCUGAACUACUAUGGCUGGAGAAGCUGCUUCUAUUGUCACUUUCGGUUUUGAUAAGAUGUCUGUGUUCAGGUCUUAGAUUUGAGUUCUAUUUUCAAAAUGGUUGUCCACCCUCCAAUGAAUUGAUAGAGGAGUGCUUGUCUAGAAUUAAUCAGCUAUUUCCUGUUGACAUGAAUGGACUCCAAAUCAACGCUUUUACUGAUACCGAGCGCCUAAUCGGAGAUGCUGCCAAGAAUCAGGUCACCAUGAAUCCCGUUAAUACUGUGUUUGAUGCCAAGAGGUUGAUUGGUAGAAGGUUUAGUGAUCCGUCCGUUCAGAGUGACAUGAAGCACUGGCCAUUCAAGGUUAUUGCAGGCCCUGGUUACAAAGCCAUGAUUGUUGUCUUACACAAAGGUGAGGAGAAGCAAUUUUCAGCUGAGGAAAUCUCAUCCAUGGUCCUCACUAAGAUGAAGGAGAUCGCGGAGGCUUACCUUGGAUCGACGGUUAAGAAUGCUGUUGUGACAGUACCAGCCUAUUUCAACAAUUCUCAGCGUCAGGCAACAAAAGAUGUUGGUGUUAUUUCUGGUCUUAAUGUGAUGCGUAUAAUUAAUGAGCCUACGGCUGCUGCCAUUGCUUACGGUCUUGACAAGAAGGCGGGCAGUUCAUCUGAGAAGAAUGUGCUGAUUUUUUAUCUUGGAGGUGGUACUUUUGAUGUUUCUCUUCUAACCAUUGAAGAGGGUAUUUUCGAAAUGAAGUCGACAGCUGGUGAUACGCAUCUCGGAGGAGAGGAUUUUGAUAAUCAGAUGGUGAAUCACUUUGUACAAGAGUUCAAGAGGAAGCACAAAAAAGACAUUAGUGGCAACCCGAGAGCUCUUAGGAGAUUGAGAACUUCUUGUGAGAGGGCAAAGAGAACGAAGUGUAUGGAGCCGGUCGAGAAGCGUCUGAGGGAUGCUAAGAUGGACAAGAGCAGUGUCCAUGAUGUUGUACUUGUUGCUGUUGCGUACGGUGCGGCUGUUCAAGCUGCGAUUUUGAGUGGUGAGGGCAAUGAGAGGGUUCAAGAUUUGUUGGUAUUGGAUGUUACUCCUUUGUCUCUUGGUUUGGAGACUGCAUGCGAUGUUAUGACUGUUCUUAAUCCGAGGAAUACAACCAUCCCAACUAAGAAGGAACAAGUUUUCUCCACAUAUUCAGACAACCAGCUAGGUGUCUUGAUCCAAGCAAACGAAGGUGAAAGAACCCGAACCAGAGAUAACAAUUUGCUGGGGAAGUUUGAACUCUCUGGCAUUCCACCAGCGCCUCGGGGUGUUCCUCAGAUAAAUGUCUGUUUCGACAUUGAUGCCAAUAGCAUCUUGAAUGUUUCGGCCGAGGACAAGACAACAGGUCAAAAGAACAAGAUUACCAUUACAAAUGACAAAGGAAGACUGUCCAAGGAAGAAAUCGAAAAGAUGGUACAAGAUGCGGAGAAAUACAAGGCUGAGGACGAGGAACUAAAGAAAAAAGUUGAGGCCAAAAAUUCUUUGGAGAAUUACGCCUACAACAUGAGAAACACUAUCAAGGAUGAGAAGAUUGCUUCCAAACUUCCUGCUGCUGACAAAAAGAAAAUGGAGGAUGCUGUUGAGUCGGCCAUACAAUGGUUAGAAGGGAAUCAACUUGCAGAGGUUGAUGAAUUAGAAGACAAGAUGAAAGAACUGGAGAGUAUUUGCAAUCCAAUUAUAGCAAAAAUGUAUCAGGGUGGUGCAGGUGGUCCUGACAUGGGCGGAGGCAUGGAUGAAGACGGCCCUUCUUUUGGUGGCACUGGUCCAGGCCCCAAGAUUGAGGAAGUUGAUUGA